CCCACGGCGACCCAGAUUCGUCCAAUCCGAAUGCUUCUAUCCUGAGAUUACGGGGUGGACUAAAGUGUCCAAGGAAAAAUCGGCUUGCAUCGUGAGCACUGGUGAGAGAUCAAAGCUUUUACUUCUUCAUAACAGCAUCUAUAAGUUAGAAAUUCAGAAGUCGUGACGUACCGCCCAGUUUCUUCAUUACUCUGCAACGACAGCUAGCCAUCAACCCGCAGCAUCCUAAUUUGGCAUCAACAUCUAGCAUCAACAUGCCUUUGCCUACAGGAGUCUACCGCGCCGACCAGGUUGGCUCACUUCUUCGACCAAAAGAGAUCCUCGCCGCCCGUGAGAAGGUCGCAGCGGGAGAUCUGACCAACUCGGAUCUGCGCCAACUUGAGGACAAACACAUCGCAGAUGUCGUGCGCAAACAGCUCCAGGCUGGUCUCCGAUCAAUCACUGACGGCGAGUUCCGUCGUGCCUUCUUCCACCUCGACUUCCUUCAGCAUCUCGACGGCGUCGAGGUCCAAGGCAGUCUCUUGUCCACGAACAAGUCCAAGGGCGGUAUGAUGCCUCCUCGACUCGUAGUGACAGGCAAGCUCGGCCACAGCAAACCCAUUCAGGUCGACGACUUCAAGUUCCUCGAGCGUCAGAUCGCCGAGGCAGGCGGCGAAGGCACUUUUGGUAAGGUCAGCACGAAGGUGGCUAUCCCUAGCCCGACGAUGGUCCAUUUUCGUGGUGGCCGAGAAACGAUCGACAUCAAUGCAUACCCUUCGUUAGACGAUUUCUUCGAAGACCUUGCGCGGGUGUACCAGGAGGAACUGCAGGAUUUGUAUGACGCUGGCUGCAGGUUCGUCCAACUUGACGACACGAACCUGGCCUAUCUGUGCGAUCCCAAGAUGCGGUCUGAAGCGGAGACCCGGCAUGGUAGUGAUGCGAAGCAGUUGGCCAGCCAGUACGCCAGCUUGAUCAACAAGGCCAUUGCGAAGAGGCCGAGUGACAUGACGAUUGGGAUCCAUUUGUGCCGCGGGAACCACAGAAGCCAGUGGUUCGCGCAGGGCGGGUACGAGCCUGUGGCGGAAGUGCUAUUCAAGGACUUGAACGUCGACGUGUACUUCCUUGAGUAUGAUGAUGCGAGAAGUGGUGAUUUCAGUCCACUCCGACACUUGCCGGAAAAUAAAGUCGUUGUGUUGGGUGUGAUGACGAGCAAGACGGGCGACCUGGAUAAUAAAGAGGCCAUGGUGCAGAGACUGAAUGAGGCAAGCAAAUAUUGCAAGCGCGGGCUGGACCAGCUGUGUCUUAGCCACCAGUGCGGGUUCAGUAGCACGAUGGAAGGGAAUGAGCUGAGUGAGGAGCAGCAGUGGGCGAAGAUCAGGCUUGAGGUUGAGAUUGCAAAGAAGGUCUGGGGCGAGGAUAUUGCGCAGUAAAGAGGGAUUGCAGCAUUUCUCAGGCCACGAGCGUGAAUGAAUAUUCAACCGCUAGAGGAUAUUGAACAGGGGCCAUCCAGGGGUAGCAUUUGCAUCUAGGAAGGAAGCAUGACAUCGCACUUCAACAGUGUGACAAAGCAAAUACUAUUGAU